AUGCGUACCCACGCCGGCGCAGCCGCCGCCGCCGCCGUUGAGAAGGCUGCAAUGCUGGUCAUUACCUCUCGUGACGACCUCACGUAUGGCAGGCGCCGGCAGACGCGUAGCUCGUCUGCCAAGCCCGUCUCUAUUAGGCAGGCUGCAGCUAUCUUCAACGUGCCCUCCUCGACUGUUCAAAAGGCCGUACAGCGUGCCCUUGGCCGCCGUAGUUCGGCUGGCCGACCAAGACUUCUUUCUGACGAUGAAGACGAUGCCGUCGCCGCUUAUGUUACGUGGCUUCAACGCUCCGGCUUCCCGGCAACCAGGCAACAGGUCCAGGCUGUCGCCCUGACCCUUCUUCAACGCCGUGAUCCUAAUGCCCGAGCACCUGGAAGGCAUUGGUACAAUGCUUGGAUUGACGCCCAUCCAGAACUUCGGGUCACAACGAUCAAGGCUGUAGAAAGAGCUAGGAAGACAUUUGAGGCUAGUGAUGUCUGCUAUAUCGAGGCCUUCUUCCAGAGGCUUGAAGACAUCGUCAACCACGAGGGCACUUUCUAUACAAGCGUCAGCCUUGCGGAUAUUCGUCAGUCACAAGAGUCAUCCCAGAGGCUCGCAGCCCAGAAGUCACAUCGUCAGGAGCUUCGCCAACUAAAGGCUAUGGUUCGUCGCGAGAGGGAACAGCUACUCGAGCAAUAUCGUAACGAGAAGUUCCAAGUGAUCAAUGGCAAGGCAAGAAGACUCACGAUCAAACAGUGGCUCGCUUGGAAGGGGAAAAGCGAUGACUAUCUUGCCCUCGAGACAAGCGAAGAGAUGUAUGCACGCCUCCUCAAGCCGGCAGACAAGUUCACGAUAGACACAACCCGCACGCCGCUUUGUGCGCCCUGGCGUGAAGGCCGACGCACCAUCGUCAUCGCCGCCACUUACGGAGCCCUCGCUGUCAUCGUCGCCGCCGGGCACGCCUACGCCACGCGAGCCAGGUUGGAAGAGACUUGA